AAAAAAUACAGUUUAUCAAGAUCUACACUUUAAAACAAAUACGGAUAAAAUCGCACAAUAAAUAAAGAUUUUACAGUCGCAAACAAAUGGGUCACACUGUAUAUAGGCUUGGUGGAAUUCAUUUUGGACACCCUUUUCUUCUUCUUCUUCUUGAAACUGACAAUCUUUCUAACCUACAAGUUUGCUUUGUUUAAAUUUCAUUUGUUUUCUAUAAAAAUGUAUUCUCAGUCCAUAAACCAAAAGAGUGAAUUAUACCCUGCAAAUCAAACGCAAAUAAACAACGCUUAUCCACAAGAUAACGUGUAUGAUAUUUACUCAUCGACUUCAGCACAAGUUUACAAUACACAUCCACCAGCAUAUUCCGCGGCUUAUAAUGGAACGAACUGGGAUUCAAGAAUAAUGUUUGAUGCAGACAAAUCAUUAAAAAUUCCUGAUAAAAUCGAUAUGAUUGAAAUAACUAGUAAGGAUUUGAGCCCAGUGAGCUAUUGCAGUGACUUGAUUCAAGAUGUUUACAAGUAUAAUAAUGUUUAUAAUAAGUGUGAUAAUCAGUGGUACUACCCAUAUAAUCAAUAUCCAUCAUGUGCACAAGUAAGUAAAAGCAAUACCAAUAUGCAAAACAUGAACAAGUAUUGUAGUAUUCAAAAGAACAGUAACUAUUGUGAUUACAGUGAACAAGAGUACUAUAAAAACUCUUGCCAGGUGAAAAAUGUUGAACCUAGUGUAAACAAUUUAAAUCUGUGUAAUCAGUUUGAAAAGUUUCAAGAGAACUAUACACACACCUCAAACUUUUAUUCGUUAAAUGACAUACCGUUUGAAGCAAUUCAUCAAAUAGACCAAAACACUGAAGAUACAAAUGAAGAAAGUGAUAUUAUAGUUGAAGAAUCAGAUGAUGAUGUCACAGACUUUAGUGAAGAUCAUGAAAAUAUAAGUAAUAAGUGCAUUAUUUGUAAUUUGGGUUAUGCACCAAUGGGUAGGCAAUUUUAUUUUUUGACUAUGAAAUCUCCUUUAGCCAUGACUACUCAAAAACCAGUGUAUAAUAAAAUAAUAAGUAUUGUGGGAAAGAUAAGAACCAAAAAAGAUUAUAUUUGUAGUGAGUGUUUAGGGUUAUUAAAUACUAUAGAUCAUUUGACUGUUAAGUUAAAUAAUUUUAAACAAGAAAUUUUAAGUAAAUUUCAAAAAACUUGUGAGAGUAAUAAUAUUGGAAAUGUCAAAAAACGAAAAAAUAAGUUGUUAAAAAUGCCAAGAUUUAAAUGCAAGACAUGUAAAAAAAUCGUUUGUAUAAAACAAUUCUUAAAUUAUCAUUUAAAAAGGCACAAAUUAAGCAAUACCUAUUUAUGUGAGUUAUGUGGCUUAUCUUUUCAAAAAUACAUUUUAUUCAAAAGGCAUAAAUUAUCUCAUAAAACCAAGUAUAAACCUGUUAAAAGGUCAAUAAUUGCUCAUAAAUGUACCAAUUGUAAAAAGAAUUUUAAAACUAAAACAAACUUUACCGAACAUCAAAAUUUCUGCUUGGGUAUUCUCCCUUUUAAUUGCACUGAUAAAUUGUGUGAUAAAAAAUUCGCAUCAUCUACAAAAUUAAAAAAUCACAUUAAAUUAAAACAUGAAAAGAAAUUUAUUGCAAUUUGCUCAAUUUGUAAUAUAGGUUUUAUUAAGUUGUCUGAUUAUAAAUCUCAUAAAAUAACUCACAGUGCAGAUAAAAAAUUCUCUUGUGAAAAAUGUGGCAAAAAUUAUAAAACUUUAAGUAAUCUUAAUUUUCACAUGAAAGUGCACAGUGACAAACUACCUUUUAUCUGUGAAUUAUGCGAUAAAGGUUUCUUAAGAAAGGAUUACCUUGAGGCUCACAUAAACAACCAUAAUGGUGUUAAAAAUUACAAUUGCAACGUAUGCAGUAAAAAAUUCGUUUCUCAGAAAAAUUUGGACGCGCAUUUAAAAUAUCAUGAUGGCACAGUAAAAAUAUAUAAAUGUAAUAUUUGCGGAAAGUCAAUGAGCAGUGGUUUUGAGGAACACUUAAGAACACAUAGUAAUGUAAGGGAAUUUGAGUGCACAAGCUGUGAUAUGAAAUUUAAGACUAAAGGAUCUCUAUCCAAACAUGUUAAAAUUAAACAUGAAAAGGAUAUUAAAGUCGUUUAACAAUU